GUUUCUCGUUGCUUGGAGGCCUUAUCCAUUAGUACUGUGAGUUCUUGUGAUCCUCUCGAGGUUAGUCUAGCCUCGGGAAAAAUUAUCAUCUCCGAUUCCUUAGUUUGUGAUCUUCCUGUUACUAUCGGUGGUCGAGUUCUGGAGGCCGACGUCUAUGUAAUUGAUAUGCGAGACUUCGACGUGAUCUUGGGCAUGGACUGGCUCAUCCGUUACCGAGCCGAUAUCCAGUGCCAGGAGCGCGAAGUCACUCUCUAUCCCAUUUCCGAUCAACCUGUUGUGUUCUUUGGGGUGAGUUCGAGGACUGUGCCUCGGGUCAUCUCUUCUAUGCAAGCCAGGAAGAGCCUUUCCAAGGUAUCUAUCUUUUGUGAGUACCUCGACGUUUUUCCUGAUGAUUUGCAUGGAGGACCGCCCGAUCGCCAGGUGGAGUUCACUAUUGACCUAGUCCCAGGAGCCGGCCCCAUUUCUAAGGCCCCUUAUCGUAUGGCGCCGAAGGAGAUUCAAGAGCUCAAGGCCCAGAUCCAGGAGUUGCUUAAGCUCGGUUUCAUUCGUCCGAGUGUCUCACCGUGGUGUGCGCCCAUCCUUUUCGUAAAGAAGAAAGACGGAUCUAUGCACAUGUGCAUUGACUAUCGGGAGUUGAAUGCCCUUACAGUCAAGAACAAGUACCCCCUUCCCCGUAUUGAGGACCUUUUCGACCAGCUGAGAGGAGCCAGCGUCCUCUCAAAAAUUGACUUGCGUUCUGGCUAUCAUCAGCUGAAGAUCCGGGAGUUGGAUAUUUCUAAGACUGCUUUCCGUACCCGCUAUUGCCACUAUGAGUUCGUAGUCAUGCCGUUCGGACUCAGCAAUGCCCUAGCCAUAUUCAUGGACCUUAUGAAUAGGGUCUUUCAUCCUUUCCUGGACCAGUUCGUCAUUGUGUUCAUCGACGACAUUCUGGUCUAUUCCCGAGACAUCGAUCAGCACAAGGAGCAUUUGAGGAUUGUGUUGGAGACUCUUCGCCGCGAGAAGUUGUAUGCUAAGUUCUCGAAGUGCGAGUUCUGGCUGAACCGUGUGGCAUUCCUUGGCCACAUUGUGAAAGCUCGAGGCAUUGAGGUGGAUCCCAGCAAGAUUGAGGCUGUGAGCAAGUGGGAUACGCCAAGAAGUGCUGCAGAUGUUCGUAGUUUCCUGGGGUUAGCAGAAUACUACAGGAGGUUUAUCGAGGGCAUCUCGAAGAUAGCCCAGCCACUGACCAACCUUACGAAGAAGGCCAUGAGGUUCGAUUGGAGUCCUCAGUGCGAGGAGAGUUUCCAGGAGUUGAAGAGGAGACUCACUACCGCGCCUGUCCUAUCUAUACCCGACCCUACUUUGGAGUUCACCAUCUAUAGUGAUGCUUCGAAGAUGGGUUUGGGAUGUGUCCUUAUGCAGCAGGGGAAAGUCGUAGCCUAUGCUUCGAGGCAGCUGAAGCCUCACGAGCAGAACUACCCCACUCAUGAUCUCGAGUUAGCGGUAGUUGUCCACACCUUGAAGAUUUGGCGGCACUACCUCUAUGGAGGCAAGUGUGAGAUCUUUACCGACCACAAGAGCCUAAAGUACAUAUUCACUCAGAAGGAGCUGAACAUGAGGCAGCGUAGAUGGUUGGAGCUGGUCAAGGACUACGACUGCACCAUUAGCUAUCACCCUGGGAAACCUAACGUGGUAGUCGAUGCCCUUAGCAGGAGGAGUUAUGGCCAGCUGUCUUGCUUGUUCACCAAGCAGAAUGUUCUUCUUCGGGAGUUCGAGCGAUUACAGUUGGAGGCAGUAGAGUCAACUUCGGCAGCCGGGGGCAUGUUGGCCUCUUUAGUUGUGGGACCGACUCUUCGAGAGAGGAUAGUCGCUGAGAAAUCGAAUGACCGUUUCCUAUGCCGGAUGAGAGAGUUGUCGGAAGCCGGUAGAAUUGGUGGAUUCGCAGUCGCAUCUGAUGGGGCCUUG